GUAUGGGUAUGGCUAAGACCAAAUCACUCUUCUGUGCAAUCCUUCUAUUUGCCGUUUGUGGAUACGUUCAACUGAUUUUAAUGGUGAUGCGAGUUGAUCUAAAGUCCGGUGAGGACAUUUUGAAACAGAAGUUUAAUAGGGCAAGACAACUAGCCGUUUUCCCAAAACAAAACGCGUUGGACAACACUAACCUGACAAAAGUUGGACCAGAUUCCCAGCAUACCAAGAACACUAAUUCGAUCGGGAAAAUGUCUCAAGCAGUUGUUGACUGUCCUCGUAAGGUCCAUCUCUGGGCUACUAGAGCAGGUGAGCUGGGAUAUUCGAGGGGUGUCUAUGAUGUAAAAUGUCCCGGAAGUACUUGCGAUGUACAAUUGACCGUUGAUAUAUCCUUCGACACGAUGCAGAAGAAUGAGGCACUUGUCUUGUUCCAUUGGACACGGUGGGACUGGGAUGCGAUGCAUAGUCAUAGACCAAAGGGCCAGAAGUGGGUGUUUUACACUCUUGAGAGUCCACGUCAUACAAUGCAUCACGUGAUUCCCCCUCAACAGUAUUACAACAAUUCCUACGACUACAUUAUGACGUAUCGGUACGAUUCCGACUUCCGGGCCGACUAUGGGCAGUACAUUGCCGGUAAACCUGAGAUUAGUGCCAAUGACACCAGAAAUUGGGCCAAGGAUCGCUCGAGGCUUGUCGUCUGGAUGGCAUCCAACUGCAGAGGCACAUCCUGGCCAAGAAUGGAUUUCGUGAAGAGGCUUGGAAGAUACGUUCCUGUAGACAUGUAUGGCAGGUGCGGCAACCAAUCCUGCAGAGCUGGCACUGAAGACUGCGAGAGGAAACUGAAACAACACAAGUUCCUUUUAGCCCUGGAGAAUAGCGAAUGCACUGAUUAUAUCACAGAAAAGUUCUGGAUUCAAGCCCUAUUUAAAGAAAUUGUACCCAUCGUGUUUGGACCUCCGAGGAGUGACUACGAAAAAGUAGCGCCUCCGAAUUCCUUCAUUCACAUCCAAGAUUUUAACACGACGAGGGAAUUAGGGGAGUAUCUAAAAAGGGUCGAUAGUGACGACGCCCUCUACAAUAAAUACUUUGAAUGGAAGAAAAAAGGGUCUUUGAAGCCUUAUGGGGGACCGACGAAAAAUAUUAUGUGCUACCUUGGUGAUCGUUUAGAAGCUGACGCAAAACGGGUUCGGAAUGGAACCUACAAACCUCCUAAACAAAAGGAUUGGAAAGUAUGGUGGAUAGACUCGUGUAAAAAGAAAGGGAAAAUACCGGACUAAGUGCAAUGCCUACUCAUGCAGUUUCAUCUUACUGUAGGAUAGUCCAGAUAAUAGAUAAAUACUAAAAAUGGUUUUCAUGAUUUCAUUUUAGACCAAAAAGCGGUCAGUCGUGGAUAACUGUGAUUGAGAGCUGGGAGUGGAAGAUUUAAAGAUUUAAGUGAGUCUUACUAAACUCCAAGUUGCGUGCUUUAUGGAAGCCAUCACCGCACUGGUCCAGUUUGACCAAUGCGGUGGUGCCUUUUAUAACGCACGCAACUUGGAAUUCAAGUGCGACUGUGCACACUUAAAUCUUUGUUACACACCCCAUAAACGUUUAUGUUAUCUACAAAUAUUUUCUCUCGUUUUGGCUUACACAUGCAUUCUUGAUUGAUUUUCUGUUUAGCAAGAUUCUUGUCAGGAAUCGGUCCCAUUUCCUCAAUAGGGAGUUUUGGCUCAACGACAUAUGGAAGAUUCAGGAACAGAGUCAGUUAUUGUCAAAUACCCGUUAUGACAAACAAUCUUUGUAAAAAAAAAAAACCGUAGUAAAUCUAAUAAAAACAGGAGUUUAGUCCUUGAUUCUGGAUAAACGACAUAUUUGCAUUUUUUCAUCAUUUCUGAAACUAGGACAAAACUGCUAUUCCGGUUCACCAAUUUGCGCUAAGGUAUUCUUACUUGGUUUUGUUUUUACAAUACAUUUACUAUGAUAUUGUGUCCUCUGUUUAUCGCUCAGGUAAAACUCCCAUAUAUCCUGCCGUACGAACGCAAUGACUAGUAGCCUAAAUCUUAGAAGACAACCAAUGGUUCAGUGACCAUACAUUUAGUAUGUAUCGUCGGAUGGAAUAAGGGGUUUUCGAUUUCCCGACGCCUGUCUUGACAAUGCCGGUCAAAUAACAAUGAACAGCUAGGAGGUCUUUGUCGAAUAUUAAUGAACCAGACCAGCAGUUCCGUCCUACGUUUCGGAGCUGAAUUGAAAACAUGUCGUUUGUCCAGAGUCCAGGACGAAACUGCCGUUUUGAUUCACCAAUUUUCGACGAAGACUUCUUUGUAGUCAUGAAGGGCAAUUGUGGCAAUACAUGUUCUUAAAUACGUCGUACUUCGUGAAAGCAAGAAUUCCCUAGUGUUGCGAAUAACUUGUUAUCAGACUUAGGGACGAGAACGUACAACCGUUGAUAAAAUGAAAAAAAGUAAUACGAUUUGGUCAGGGAUUUUUGUUUUGUAUUGUAUUGUUUUGUUUGUUGUUAGGUUUUACAAAUAUGGGAGCCAUUAUCGCUACAUACACAGCCCCUCUUUCUUAAAAAAAAAUCAUUUAAUCAAGUAUUAUACGAUUUUGACUUAAAUUCCACUAUAAAAAAUAUAGAAGAAGGGCAUGAAAUGAUGUACUGGAUGGUUCAUCCACCGCGCAUAUAAAAAUCAUAUAUUGUUAGAGAAAAUUGCACCUUUAGGAAUCUCUAUCGCAUGAUAUAUGGAGAACCUGCUCGUCUUUGACGUCACAAAAUCAAACAUUUAAAAAUCCCAAGCUGUGCUAUUCUUUGGCGGAUUUCCUUCACCGACACCAAUUUUCUAAAUUGGUUGUGUUGUUAUUAAAACCAACUUCUGGUAGCUACUCCGUUUUACCUCGUGUGAACUUUUCCGUUUGGGUGUGAGGGAGCAUGUGUACCUUGAUUAUUAUUGUCAUAUGUGGGACGUUUCAUCAAUAUGAUGUCCUUUGACUAGUCAGAUCAGCCACUACACUGAGUAAUCUGCUGACAUGAGUAAUCUGCUGACAGUAUAUUGGCUUAUCCCUAAUUCUCACUAUGAUAUUGUAACUGUAACUUAUGUUAUUGUUAUAGCUUAUGUGAAAUUAUUGGAUGAUUACGUAAUCAUGCAUUUGUUUUUGUAUCGAUAUGAUUUUAAAAACAUCCUGUCUUUCAAUGUAUGAUCAUUUGUAUACAGUGUAAUUUGUUAUGUUGCUUUGUUUUAAAUAAAAUCCUCUAAUUGGAGCCCUCCCCAAAAAAAGAUAUUGUAACUGUCAGAUAAUUACAACUUUUAUGGAAUUGUGCCUGGGCAUUUCCUGAUAUGGGCAGUAGUUCGUAAGAUCUUUUUUGUUUUCUCUAUAAAUUAUUUAUCUAAACGUUAUGUAUGCAUUUUGCAGUUUUUUGUUGUUUUAUUUAAGAUUCCCAUAUAUUAAAAUGAAUUAUAUAUCAAUUCGACAUUAU